AUGAACUCGACCACUUCACCACUACACAAAUGGUCUAAUUUGAUGUUAACAUCGACGCUGAUAUUCGGUGGCUGCUGUGCCAAUGUUUUCGCACUCGAGGCGAUCAUCAAAGAUCAGCCAAGCUCCGAAGGCCCGAUGAUCACGCUUGCCCAAUUUAUCUUGACUGCAAUUUUUACAUUUCCGGACUUUUUCUAUCCGGCUGCCGGCCCUCGCUCCUUGUACCUUAGACCGCGUGCCAUUCCUUUGAGAUCCUGGCUUGUCUAUACAGCUUUCUUCAUCAGCGUGAACCUCCUGAACAAUUGGGCUUUUGCGUAUAAGAUCUCUGUCCCUUUACAUAUCAUCCUUAGAUCUGGAGGCCCUGUGGCCUCCAUGGUCAUAGGUUACAUGUUUAAUGCUAAGCGUUAUUCACAGGGUCAGAUCAUUUCUGUACUGAUGCUCACUCUAGGCGUAGUCGCCGCCGCAAUGGCAGAUGCAAGAGCGAAAGGCCAAUCAGUGCAUGUUGAAGGCGGGUCAAGGAUGACGACGAUGAUCGGGUUCACUAUCCUUGCUGUGGCGAUGAUUCUGUCCGCCUUCCAGGGAAUCUAUGCAGAUCGGCUUUACGAGACAUACGGCCGCAACCACUGGAAAGAGGCUCUCUUUUAUUCUCACAUACUGUCACUGCCUCUAUUUUUGCCUACCUACCCGCAAGUUGCUACUCAAUGGCGAACGAUGUUCUCAUCGCAUUCCUCAAAUAAGUCACUUGCUUUUGAGGAUUCUGUAUCGAGAGAGAGACAUUGUGAACUACCAUGCAUGGCAUCAAUUCCCAGCAGCAUGGCAUACCUUUCACAAUCACUCCUGGGUUUCGAGCACUUGCGAUUGAUGUUCGCCGUGAUACCAACCCGCUUGGUGUACCUUUUGGUAAAUGCAUUAACUCAAUACUUGUGCAUCCGCGGGGUACAUCUUCUAUCCGCGAAAACAUCUUCGCUAACCGUCACAAUUGUCUUGAACAUUCGCAAGCUCGCCUCGCUUUUGUUGUCUAUAUAUAUAUUCGGCAAUUCUCUCACACCAGGUGUGCUCAUAGGUGCCACAUUGGUAUUCAUAGGCGGUGCUUUGUAUGGCUUCGAAGGGGCACGUGGGAGAAAAGCACCUUCGAAGAAAGAAUAA